CGAGCCCAAUCCCUGCUGUCAUCCCGUGGCCCCGCUCUCCUUCCUCGAAUCCCCUCUCCCCACCCUUAUUUAAUCCCCCUUCUCUCCCGGAAUCCUAUCCCCAAUCCACUCUCCGCGUUCCAAAUCUUGCUCUUCCCUUCUCCCAUGGCUCAAAGACCGGUCGAGUUCGAGGACUUCCUCCCUAUCAUGGCGGAGAAGCUCGGGGAGGACGGCCUUAUGGAGGAGCUCUGCAAUGGCUUCCGCCUGCUGAUGGAUCCGAGGAGAAAGCUGAUAACUUUCGAUAGCUUGAAGCGCAACGCGGCGCUGCUGGGCUUGCAGGGGCUCGGGGAUGACGAGCUGCGAGCGAUGCUGAGGGAGGGGGACCUCGAUGGCGAUGGCGCGUUGAGCGAGAUGGAGUUUUGCGUGCUGAUGGUGAGGCUGAGCCCGGAGUUGAUGGAGGCGCGUUAGCUGGGGGUUUCCUCUCUUCUUCUUCUUCCACCCUGUUUUCUUCUUUAUUCUUGGUUAAAGACCCCAUAUUUCUGGUAGCUGAUGUUGGAUUUUGGGGGAUUCUGCUGACUGAUAUGAUUGUUGCAGGGGGUCUGAUGUUUAUAUGAUGAUUUAAUUAAAAAUUUAACCGAAUUCUGAGGGCAAUGGAUGUCUUUGGAUGCUCAUAUUAAUAAAGUUUGGAAUUUUACGGUCCCUUUGUGUUU